UUAAUUUUUUUUUUUAUAUUUUUAAGAAUGAAAUCCUUAAAUAUGUAAUAUUUCAUAGCUAAUCAAAAUUAUGUCAAAUUUGAAUAACUCAGUUUAUUUAUGCAAAGAAGUUUUUGAUGAAAAUAGCAAACCCACAAGAAUUGAAAUUGAAGAACAAGCAUCUCGUUUAGGAAUAGAUCCAGUUAAAGAAUUGCAUCUUUUAAGUAUUGCGAAACAAUGUUUACUUGAACCUUUGCCAUCUAAUUGGAUACCUUGUUAUAUCGAAAAAGAAAAUAAAUAUUUUUACUUCAACGAUCAAAAUAAAAUAUCACAAUGGGAACAUCCUCUAGAUGAACAUUACAGGCAAAUAAUUGAAAAAAUACGUUCGGAAGAUUCAUCAACUGCGACCGCCGAAAACCCAGCUUCACAUAAAUAUGAAGUAGAAAACGGAAUUAAAACACGUAGAGCUUUUUCACAUACAAGUGGAUAUUCAUUUUUUAUUGAAAUCCAAAAUUUGGUCAAUUCCAUAUUGGUAAAUUUUGAUUUCAAGCUACUGUCGCAAGACAACUCAAUUAGACUUUCUUCUUCAGUAGAAUUAAAUUCUGAUGGAACAAUGGAGUUAAAUGGAUCUUGA